AUGUUUCACGAAGAAACAGACAGUAAAGCGUACAGACAGUCAGCAGACGAUGCCUGGUCCGCGUUCAUCAAAACGCGUUUUGGCGCCGGUCCUCUCGGGCGCUCCGGUCGCGCCGCUAGGCUUCCACAGCUCAAGUUGGAGCUCGAGACUAUGCAGAAAUACUUCGCUGUUGCCAAACAGCAUAUGAACGCCUGCACCGGCGCGGGAUGUCUGCCGGCGGAAAUCUUGUCGACUAUAUUCGCGUUCGCGCAGGAGGUGUGGCCGCCUCAUAACAGGCGUCGAAUGCACGAAGAAGAUAGGAUGCGCGUCGUAGUGUCGUAUGAUCUUGGGUGGAUAUACGCCACGCACGUCUGUGCUGCGUGGAGAAAGGCCGCGCUAGGAGACCCCGCUUUAUGGCAAACUGUCUCGUGCCUCGCCCUACCGCUUCCAAUGGCUACGGACAUGCUCACCCGCUCCGGUCGCCUCCCCCUCGAAGUCUACAUCGGAGACGGCAUCAGCAGCAUUUCCGACGACUGCAUCUCCAAUUGGCUGUCCUGGCCCGUUCUGCGCCGCACCUCACUUCUACACGUCGACGACUCGCGCGUUGACGAAGACGAUAUGUACGAGCGAUGGAAUUCGGUUCUCACGCAGCCGAUGCCUCUUCUCGAGGACUUGACCGUCUCGUUUUACUUGGACGCAAGCGCGACGAUCCUUCCCUCCUCUAUAUGGACCGAGUCGCAUCCCACCUUGAAAAGCCUCAUCUUGACAAACUGCUACCUCCCGGAUUGGAACACGCAAGUGCUGGGCCAUUCCAUCACCAACCUCCUGUUAAAUCUGGACUUCUUGUUCGAGGAGGACGAAGGGCUACCGACCACAACGGAGCUGCGCGACAUGUUCUCCCGCUUAACCUCGCUCAAGACCCUCGACCUCCGCAACUUCUGGCCUCAGAAAGAGAACAGUCCUCCCGAGCCAUUCAACUUUUAUCCAUGCCUGGAGACGUUCGCCUUCGAGUUCUCGAUGAGAGGGCUGUUUGCGUCGCACUACAGCUACUUCUGGUCUUUAUUCAGGGUGCCGUCCACCACCGCACUGGACAUAGUCGCCGAAGACGACGUGAGCGAAGACACCGAAGACCAUCCCGAACUUCUGGAUCCCAUCACGCAAGUCGACAAUUCCCGCUUCCCGGCGACAGCGCUGGUCAUAAGCGGCCUCCAAGUCAAGCUGUUCUACACGGACGUACCAUCCCUCGUGCUCGACCCGCCCCACGAACAUCUCUCCGCCCGCCACAUCGGCGAAGGAUCCUACCGCUCGCUCAAAUGCAAGAACAGCGCAGUCAAGUUCCUCGUUCCGCGUCUGCCUCUCCAGUCGCUUCGCACGGUUGUGGUCACGGUGCCCGCGAUGAAGCGCUUCGACAGGCCGGACGGGGGCUGGGUAGCGAAGCUUGGCGCUGCGCACGAGACGCGCCAGUUAUCCGUGUACUACGUGCACGCGCUUGCGCUCAUGGACGAUCUCACCAGGAAAGACGCGAACGGCGGCUUCUCGCUCUUCCCCCGCCUCGAGGCGCUGGUCUUCCAUCAUGAUCCCAAGACUGUCAAGACAGGCGCUCAGUCCUCACUCGACCUCGUACUUCUUGAGCUCCUCUCUAUACGACUUGAGCAGGGCUUGCCGAUACGAAGCCUUGCGGUUGAUAGUAAGAUGGAGACGAUGUCUGUUUGGUCCAAGAUCGGGAGGGAGACGACGGUGUCCUUCUUUGGACCUCAGUGA